AUGGAUUCUAUUGCGAGUUCUCUUAUAAUCCUUGCUGACAUCCUCUUCAAUCGUCUCUUUAUGUUUGUCACACCUCUCUGUCCCAUAGUUGGUCCGUGGUUCUUCUCCCCAUCAUAUGUAGCUAAAUUCGUGUAUAUCCUUGGAAAUCAUGCGAGAUUCUCAAAGUCAGUUGCCCAAAUCUUUUUGGUAUUGAACAGAAUGUCAUGUGUUCUCAGCCCAGUUGGAUAUAAUCACCUCUGGAAAAAUCUUCUGCCAGUAGCACGAGUGUUUAUUGUGAUUGUCCCAUUUGCGUGUACCUGGAAUCUGUGGAUUUCAAGGACUCUGAUAAUUCCGGAGUUUGGGGGUUUUGCUUUGAGCUAUACGAGGAAUGUUAAAUGGGCUGCUCUAUCCCUCUUUCAAUCAAUAUUUAUUCUUACUGCUCUUGGAUUCACAGUCAUCUGCACAUCUGUAACUCUCUACCGUAUGGCUGUACUUCAAGAACGUAUCAAAGUCGCUGAAAAAUCACUCUGUUUCACUUCAAUAUUUAUUUCAUUCACUUUCCUAUUAGUAGCAGCAACUCAAAUUCUUUGGAUAACUUGUUGUGCAUCUGAUUUAAUGUAUGCUAUUCAGUUCAUUGCAUUUGACACUUUUACUGUUGGAUCAGCUGUCAUUGUGAUUGUAGUCAAUAAGCAUCUCCGUAACAGUAUCUUUGUCGUGGAUUGGUUUUGUGUAUGGCUGGUCGUGGAUAUAUCCGAAGGAGGAUAUCCACGACACUCCGGGAAAGGGGGAUCAACGAAACGUAGUGUAGUUGAUUGGCGUGACGUCUCCAGUCCCAGAUCUUCCUCUGCCCCAACAGACGCAUUUGUCGGAUCUCCUGUAGUGACAGAUAAUGACGAGUUUGUUGACUCCGUUGCUCUGGUGAACUCAUCGUUUUCGGUCGUCUCUCGACUUCCUCCUGCUGGUCGCUGCCACGAUCGAUCCGAGCCCUAUGCGAACCACGAUUCAACAGGUGAUGCUCAUCCUCCAGAUGCCUGGUGCACUCCUGGGUACUUGGCUGCUCUGGAUUCAGCACCUCGGGGGCUGAAUGAUGUAUUGUGUGCUCCUGCAACACAUUGCCUUUGCUUUGAAGUCCUCCGAUGUAUCGUUCUUCUUCUCCGCUGUGUUUUGACGUUUGGUGUUUAUGACGUCCUCCUGUUGUUGCUGCCACUGUUAAUCCGAGCCAAAUGCGAAUUGCAGACAACAGGUAGUUCCUUCCUCUUGGAUGCCUGGCGCACCCCAUGGUACUUGGCUGUUGCUCCUGAGAAAGGACCUUGGGCUGGUUGUGUUAUGCAUACUGCGGUCGACCUCCGUAUGUAUACAAUGCCUGGGCUUUGGAUGCCUGCGGUUGAAAUCCGUAUGACAUCCUCCACUUGCAAGCGCCUAGACUCAUCGCAACGAAUCCUGCAGCACGAUUUCCUCCUCCAUGCUCUGGUCUGCUCGUUCGAGACCUUCAGCAUGUCCGCUCCUCGUACCACUUGA